AUGUUGCAGAAAGUUCUCGAACAUUUGGUGCUGCCAUGCGUUCUCGUUCCUUGUGUGUGGACUUGCAGGACCCCUAAGAAGAAUUCUAUUGCUGCGAAUACCAAAAGUAUAAGAUCGUUGAGAGAUGAAGAAGAAAUUAGAGAGAUUGAACGGAGAUUGAGCGCUGAGAAAACAGCUGAGUUGCAAUCGCCUGAACCUGUAGAUAGAUGGAAAGGUUCCAAAGAAAAAGCGGAAUCUCAGUUGCAAUCGCCUGAAUCUGUGGAAAAAUCGAGAGGUUCCAAAGAAAAGGCGGAAUUGUCUGCAUAA